GCACGGGGAGGCGAGCGGCGCGCGGGCUGCGCGCACCCCGCACACGGCGCUGCCACCGAGGGAGCGAGCGAGCGAGCACCAUGUGCGGGGCAGCGCUCGCCCGGCUGCUGCUCCUCCAGCUGCUGCUGCUGCUCAUCAACGUGCACCAAGGCAAAGGCGCCGUCAAGGAGUGCGAGGAGGACCAGUUCCAGUGCCGGAACGAGCGGUGCAUCCCCGCCAUCUGGAAAUGCGACGAGGACGACGACUGCUCGGAUAACAGCGACGAGGCGGAUUGCCCAAAGAAAACUUGUGCUGAGUCAGAUUUCACUUGUGACAACGGCCACUGCAUCCCAGCCAGGUGGAAAUGUGAUGGUGAAGAAGAAUGUCCUGAUGGGUCAGAUGAAUCAGAAGCAGCAUGCACCAAGCAAGUAUGUCCAUCUGAAAAAAUCAGCUGUGGAGACUUAAGCAACAAAUGUAUCCCAUCGUCCUGGAGAUGUGAUGGACAGAAGGAUUGUGAAAGCGGUAUUGAUGAGGCUGGUUGCACUCCUGCCUGUUCUCCCAAUGAGUUCCAGUGCAGUAACAAGUCAUGCAUCUCCAUCAUCUUCGUGUGUGACGGGGACAAUGACUGCGGGGAUGGCAGCGAUGAAAGAAAAUGCUCCCCUCUGACCUGCAACCCCAAUGAGUUCCAGUGCAACAACAGUGUGUGCAUCCCAGAGCUGUGGGUCUGCGAUAACCAGCCGGACUGUGAGGAUCAGUCGGAUGAGUCCGUGGAGAAGUGUGGCUACGAUGCCAAGGCCCUCAACACCUGCGCAGCUCACGAGUUCCAGUGUGGCAAUGGUGAAUGCAUCCACCUGAACUGGAAGUGCGAUGGGGAUGAAGACUGUAAGGACAAGUCUGACGAGCAGGACUGCCCUCUGGUGACCUGCCAGCCAGAUGAAUUCCAGUGUGGUGACGGGACCUGUAUCCAUGGAGCAAAGCAGUGUGACAAGGUGCACGACUGUCCUGACAACAGCGAUGAGGCAGGCUGCAUCCAAGAGUCAGCAUGUGAAAGUCCCAGCAAGUUUCAGUGUAAGAGUGGAGAGUGCAUUGACGGAGGCAAAGUGUGCGAUUCACAUAGAGACUGCAGGGACUGGUCUGACGAGCCUCUGAAAGAAUGUGGUAUUAAUGAGUGCUCUAUGAACAACGGUGGUUGCUCACACAUAUGCAAAGACUUGAAGAUCAGUUAUGAAUGUGAAUGCCCACCGGGAUACAAGCUUCUGGAUAAAAAAACGUGUGGAGACAUAGAUGAAUGUGAGAAUCCAGACGCUUGUAGCCAGAUCUGCAUUAAUUACAAGGGGGACUACAAAUGCGAGUGCUACGAGGGAUACGAGAUGGACACCCUGUCCAAGAACUGCAAAGCUGUAGGCAAGAGUCCGUACCUGAUCUUCACCAACCGCCACGAGGUCCGCAAGAUAGACCUGGUGAAAAGGGACUAUUCUCGCCUCAUUCCCAUGCUGAAGAACGUUGUGGCACUGGACGUGGAGGUGUCCACCAACAGGAUAUAUUGGUGUGAUCUGUUCUACCGAAAAAUCUACAGUGCCUACAUAGACAAAGCGAGCGACACUGCCGAGCAGGUGAUUCUGAUAGACAGCCAGCUGAACUCUCCUGAAGGACUGGCAAUAGACUGGGUCCAUAAGAACAUCUACUGGACAGAUUCCGGAAACAAGACCAUCUCAGUGGCUACUGCAGAUGGAAGCAGGAGGAGGACGCUUUUCAACAGUGACCUCAGCGAGCCAAGAGCCAUUGCUGUUGAUCCCACACGGAGGUUCAUGUACUGGUCUGACUGGGGAGACAAAGCUAAGAUUGAGAAAGCUGGCCUGAAUGGCGUGGGGCGGCAAGUGCUGGUGACUGACAACAUUGAGUGGCCAAAUGGCAUUACACUUGAUUUGCUGAAUCAGCGUCUCUACUGGGUAGACUCCAAAUUGCAUUCACUGUCCUGCAUUGAUUUCAAUGGCAGCAACAGGAAAGUUCUGAUCACUUCUGUGGAUGAUCUGAGCCAUCCUUUCGGCUUAGCAGUGUUUGAGGACAGAGUGUUCUGGACUGACCUGGAGAACGAAGCGAUCUUCAGCGCCAACAGGCUGAAUGGUUUGGACAUCUCCGUUCUGGCAGAAAACCUCAAUAAUCCUCAUGACAUCGUGGUAUUCCAUGAGUUAAAGCAGCCCAAAGCUCCAGACUCCUGCGAGCUCAGCCCCCAGCCAAACGGAGGCUGUGAGUAUCUGUGUCUCCCUGCACCUCAGAUCUCUCCCCAUUCUCCCAAGUACACCUGUGCCUGUCCUGACAACAUGUGGCUGGGUCCUGACAUGAAAAAAUGCUUCAAAGAUCUUCCAAUGACUUCAACUACUGUACUGGUUUCUACAACCACAGCAUCACAUACUGCUGGUACCACGACCAUCACACCUGUGCUUGGCAGUGCCAAUAACACCACUGAAGUUGUCCCCAAAGCUGUAUCGGAAGCUACGAUUACCACCCCAAGUUUUCAUUUACCUUCCACCACCUCCAUCCUGAUAGACUCUGAGAUGACCACUGGAAACAGCAAUUUAUCACAGCACUAUGCGAAUAAUGACCAAGGCUUUGAUUCCACCGUGACAGCAGCUGUCAUUGGCAUUGUCAUUCCUGUCGUGGUCAUUGGCUUGCUGUGCAUGGGAGGAUACCUCAUCUGGAGAAACUGGAAACGGAAGAAUACUAAAAGCAUGAAUUUUGAUAAUCCAGUGUAUAGGAAGACAACAGAAGAGGAAGAUGAAGACGAAAUCCACAUUGGGCGGACUGCCCAAAUUGGACAUGUCUACCCAGCACGUGUAGCAUUAAGCUUAGAAGAUGACGGGUUGCCGUGAGGAUGAAGCUGCUGCUCCAACCACCACACUGAACAAAUCUGCUUUGGAUCCCAGAACCUGCUUCUUCUUUCUGAUCGUUAUUUAUGUUGCAGAAGGGUAACCACAAAGUUAUAAUGAACUGCAAACAUCCAAAGGAUGUGAGAGUUUUGUAUGUAUAAUCUUUUAUACACACUUUAACUUGUUGCACUACCCAUUUGUGAUAGUGAAUAAGCGACGGCUGAGCUACUAACUCAAUGUCCAUAACCAGCCCCAGCUGAAAGUUCGGUAGCGAUUGCUUUAUUUUAAGACUAUAUUUAUAGAGAUUUUGUAAAUAUGUUGACUAUGCUUUGUGGCUAUCCAUCAACAUAAGUAAACCCAAUCCUGUACAGGCAGUUUAGAAAUAUUUAUUAACAAAAAUCUGGAUUAUAAGAUCUGUUCUGUAAAUAUAGUAGAGGGGUGAGAGUAUUUAUUUUUUGUAUGUUUGGCUUGCUGUGCAUAGAUUAUCUGUGUCUAUAUCUAUCUGGACUAGAUAGAUAUAUAGGCAUAUAAAUAUAUACAUAUAUAUAAAAAAUAUACCUAUAUUUUAAAACUACUAGCCUACAUUUAUGAAAAUGAGGGAUAAUUGAAUUUUUACCAGAUGUUUGAGAAGUUUGCUUUGAAAUCUAAAGACAGGAGGUAAGGUAGCUGACAGAGGAAGCACUCCCAUAACAUGCAGAGCCCCUGAGUUGCUUUUCCAUUCCCCACUCUAUCCCGAAGGAUUCAUCUGCAGUGCUUGUAACUGAAGAGUCACUGUUCUCAGUCAAGAGAAACUCCUACAGCGCCCAAUUUUUGCAUGUUGUAUUGUUGCUUUUUCCAGCUUGGUACAAAUUUGAUUCAGGUUUUUUGUGUGGUUUGUUUCUAAAUGGAAAUCUAAGUUCUUUUCCCCACUGGGAAUCUCACACCUCUCAAAUCAGCUUAGAAUUAGCAGAAACAACAAUUUCUCCGUAUACUUCCAUACACCCAAAGCGGGCGCUGCCAGCUGGCUCAGCAGGAAAAGAAACCCAACGCAGUAACAACUUAAUUCCUUCCUUCCUUGUCCUUUUCCCCUAUUCAUAGUAAGAGUCCAAAUCUAGGGGACACUGUGGGGCCAGGCCUUAAUUCAGCGUAUGGAGAAUUCUGAAGUGCAGCAGGUAUCUUGUUGCUGCCCUUGGAACAGCCUGCACCAGGGCAUGUCUCCAGUACCAGAGCACUAGGCAGGGAGGUUAAAGGAGGUUAAAAUUCAUCCUACACCUUGCAGAAAACCCUUUUUUUCCUCACCUCAUUCUAUAAGAUUCCCAGGGAAUUGUAUGGGAAGCAAAUACCCGUCACUGCAUAAUGAACUAGUGCCCCCCUGAACCAUACCAAAACCUUGAGAGACCUGCCUGGCAUUCUUAGAUCAGUCCAAGCUUUUGUAUUCCAGUGAGUAGAAGAAACUCAGCUUGAAUAGGUCUGGCGGGCUUCUUCCUUUUUGCCUUUUGUUUUCCUUUCUUUUAGAAUAAAUUCACAGUGUUUUGUGCGCUGGGAGUUGAUUCUUGACUAAGAAAAGGAGGAAAGUGUCUAAAGACCUUGUAUGCGUUCCAAACAGAUGGCAUACUCUCGGAAUACUCCAUGGCCUGCAGGGACAAUGCCUGAAUAAUGAAGCAUCCUUCUAUUCAAAUUUUAGAUUUGAAGGCAGUGAAAAGAUGAGUGAGAUACCCACGUGUUGUUUUAAGGUAGGAAGCUGUUUCUACAACUGCUUGCGCUGUGUGCAUGAAGGAGAAAACUGAGGCAAGGCUGUAUGUGAUAACACUGUAACUAACAGACCCCUGUAAAUAUAUUUGGAAGUUCUCCAGUUUUGAUACUUUUUUAAGAACCCGGCCACACCAACCGACCUGUAUAAACCACCUCUGAAAGGCUGCAGUUUUUCAAGCCCUUGUAAAUGAACUCGAUGUGCAGCACUGGAUUCAGCCUUUACAGAUUUAUAACGACUGAGAAGUCAAACACCAAAUUUGUUUUUUUAAAGAGCUUAUUUUCAGUACCGGUUCCGAUUGUUAGGAUGGUAUUUAACACUGUAAUCAUUCCUGAUCUCUGUCUUGUCACGUCGCAGUUCUGUUAGUAUAAGUUCUUGCUUGGUGCCUUUUGUGUUCCAGUUUUUAUGUUACGGACAAAAGGACCAGGGAGGGGAGGGGGAGGGAGACACUUUGCUGUUGGACAUCCAUGAGGGUCACUGGAAACCAAAUGAACACAUUUGUAACACAGUGCACUGUUUCUAUAGAAAGAUUAAAUUUUUUUAUCUGGGA